AUGCUUUCUAGAUGCAUUGUAAAUCCAAAUGACACACUUAAUAAAAUGGCAAGCCAAAUUUUCAUUCCAACAAUUGCAAAGCAACUAAAUAAUCCAAAAACAUGUGCAUCCACGAUUGAAGCAUUGAUAAAUGAAGACUUUGAAGUAAUGCAAUCAUACUCUGAUGUUGUAGUUAUUUGUUUUUCAAAAAUUUAUCAAAAUAUUCCAACAAAGCAUAUCGCCAUCAUCUUAAUGAAGAAACUUAUCCAAAGAAAAUUUGAAUUUUCGUCAUUAGAACGAAGAGUUAUUGUUGAAAUUUUUAUUAAAUCACCACCUACGCGAAAUAUGAAAGAAUCAGCUGCAAUAAUACAAAAUCAUUGUUGUGAAAGUAAUUCGGCUGCUCUGUUUAUUGCCUCUAUCAUUCAGCCAAUGAGAUUUGAAGAGAAACAAAGAGAAUUUCUUAGAGAAGUAUGCAGAACAUUUCUACAAUCAAUGCCUGAAUCUAUCAGUACGUAUACCGAAAACUUUAAAACAUUUCUUUCUGAAAAAAUUGAAGCAUCUGGUGUUCCGAUUUACGGAGAAACUCCUACUCAAGAAAAAAUGCGUGAAAUAGAAAUAGAGAAGAAAUUUGAAGGCUUUUUAGAUUUCAAUCCUUGUAAUAAUAAGCUAAUUUUCAUAAUUUUUACAAUUGUGAUGAUUUUCCUACUUUUCUUUACAGACAAGAGCGGAAUACUCCAUAACUUAGAAUUUGAUGAUAGUUAA